GGAGGGGUUCGAGAGAUCGGGAGAAACACACGUUGUGGUUUCAUGACACUGCUUCUUUAAACUUUAACGCCUUAUUUCAGUGCGUGGGCGCGCGUGAGGUGGGAUGUUUUGGCUGCGCGUUGUAAAAUCCCUCUCGCCGCCGCCGCCGACGCAUCCUCUCGGGAGUGAUGGGUUCCAAGUUGACCAGACAGAGAAGUCUCGAUCUGCAAACAAAAGUGUCCAAGAGGAGACGCCAGAGGAAUGACAUCCCGGCGGAGAGCGAGAGAAGUGGCGGCAGAGACUUCUUGUUUACCUCCUUGGUGCUCAAGUCCGACAAGCUCCCGGGCAUGCUGCGCAACAACAACAACCACAGCCCGUAUGUCGGACGGGUGGCGUGGAUCCGGGAGAUCCAGAGGCUUCUGCGGGAGCAGAGGAUGGAGCAGGCGGCCGAAGUGCUCAAACUGCUGAGGAAGGAUUUGGGGCUCCAGGGAACGUCACUCAAUGAGAUCUUGUACAAGAACGCUGCUUUUCUGAACCUGGUGGACCCCAUUUCUCACGAGCUGCUGCUCAGUCUCGCCCGGGACCUGCAGUGUCCAAAAAGGGAGGCCGACUCAUUCAAGUCCACCAACAAGAUCUGCCGCCAGCUGAUCUUCCACCUGACCCCUCACUCCAAGUGGACGAGACAGAGCGUGCCCAGGAGGAAGUCUCAGGCCUGCCUGAAGACCACCCUGAAGAAGAAGCUGUCCGGCGACGUCGUCAACCUGUCUGGCAUCCCGCUGUCCGGCCGAGACGUCCACCGCGUGGCCCUCUACCUGCAGGGCGCCACGGGCCCCGUGUCGGCCGUGGACCUGAGCUUCACCGAGCUGCGGGACGAGAGCCUGCGGCUGCUGCUGCCCGGCCUCGGCGCGCUGCCCAAGCUGGCCAUACUGGCCGUCAACGGCAACCGCCUGACCGUGGCCAUCCUCAAGGACCUGACGGACGCGGUGAAAGACCCCAAGACGUUCCCCAGCCUGGCCUGGGUCGACCUGGGCAACAACGUGGACAUCUUCACCGUGCCGCAGCCGCUGCUCGUGGCCCUGCGGCGCCGCUUCGGCCUGCGCAGCAGCCUCCCGACCAUUUACGAGAGCGGGGAGGCGCGGGCGUUCGCCGAGACAUCUGCCGAGGAGCCCAGUCUGUACGAGGAGGAGGAGGUGAAGGAGGGAGAGGAGGAGGAGGAGGAGGAGGAGGACAGUCUGGAGCUUGGGGCCUGGGGCUUCGGAGGAGGCAACGCGGCAAGAAACGCGCGGUUGAACUUCAGUGGGAGGUGAUGGGCCCGGGCGCUGCUUUCUUUGAGACCGGCUGCCCCUCGUGUCCCUCGGUAUCCCCUUCAAAUAACUCUUCAAACAAGUCACCGUGUCGUACGUCCCUCUGGAUACAAAGAAACUGUGCAACGGGAUGCAGGCCGCUCCGUUGUACCGACGCCAAGAAUCCAUCUCUGGUUUGAACUUGACGUGUCGAGGAGAAGCUGAAGCAAGCGCGUCUGCCCGUCUCCCAUUAUUUGCCCCGUGGGGGUCAAGUGCCUUGCACGAGGGCACCUUGAGAGAGAGAGAGAGAGAGAGAGGCGGUUGAUGAAUGCGUUAUGAAUUCACAUUCCCGGGGCACAAUUAUCCAGCUGGUCCCUCCGACAGCGGCCUGCUUCUUCUUGCCCCAUUUCUGCGGCUGUCAGAAUAAGUCAAAGUAACUAAAUGUCCUACUUCAUGCUUCAUCCUGUUUAUCUUCCUGCUCAACUGCGGUGAGAUUAUUCUUCACAGAAAAAGAUGCUUCCAGUCUUGUUGGUUUUUUUUCUGUUGGAACACGAUUGUUUAAGUAAACGACGCAUACUGAACCUAAACUGGCGCUGCAGCUGUGUUGAGAUAAAAGACACACAUGCAGGCGACGCACACCAUGAACUGAUAGCUGCCUCUAUCAGGGCUUGUCAGACCCCUUUAGUCACAGAUGGUGAGCAGAGGAUCUAUUUUUUCCUCGCAAAAUAGGACUAGCCCCAGAUUGGUUUGGCCCACCGUUGGUUUGUCAGUCACAAGAAAGAUGGAUACUUCCUUACUGCACUAACACAUUGAAACGAUUGCACCUCCGCUUCUCUGUUUUCUUCUGUGGUGUCGCAGCGUGAGCGUAAAUCUUUGUUGUAACGUGAUUGAACUGCAACGGUGUGUUUUUAUUUAUCGUAGAUGUACAGACCUUAUUUUUUUGUAUUGUUUUAGACCCAUGGGCAUGACCGUUUUAACUGUAGCACAACAUCCCACAGACAGAGAGCAUGUUUACAUGGUCAUUAAUAUUCUGAGGGAGCCUGGAUAAACAAUCGCUGCUUGUGAAUAGAACCGCCCACUUUAUCCUGCCUCCUGAUGUUAAUGUGGUCUGUUCUCCUUCCGUGCUAUUAUUCAGAAAAAUCUGUCUGUUUACAUGGAUAUUAAUGAGCAGGAUGGCUGGUGUGUGUGUGUGUGUGUGUGUGUGCAUAAUUAACAGUGUGUGCAUGAGUGUGUCGACUUGCAGAGUAAAUCAUUACCUUUGAUCGUAGAAAUUAAAUAUUUACUCAUUUCCAUUUUAAGAAAAAUUGUGUGUACACAAGCUUUGUUUUAAUGGUAUGUUGAAAUAAAAACAUCCUGAAUUAAAUGUUUUAUCUUAACUUUUUUACGUAACAUAGCAACGUUAUUUUGGGGGAAAACGUAACAUGACUACGUUUAUCACGGUGGACCAACGUAGCCAUUUCACGCUUUUUUUGGAGACUGGGUUGAGACAAACCAUUGUUCUCCAUGGAGCAUCAGCUUUCAAAUUGUAUUUAUUGUUUGAUUUGGCUUCUUCCAUCAUGGCCUGCUUUUAAAAUGAAAGUUGUGUUUUUUCUUCUGUGGGUUAAAAAAAUAA